AUGCAAUCAAGUGAAUAUCACAACCGUUUUUUUUUUCAAUUUACCGAAUUACUUUAUUAAUAAACGGAAUUUAAAGCUUACAAUCCGCACAGAGAAGAAUCCUGAUCCAAUUGUGUCUACCUUACACUACACUGUAUGACGCGAUGUUAACACCAAAACAUCUACUAACCUUUUAUUUAUUUUCAUUUUUAAAAUAUUUUGAUUAGUGCUCCAGAAAUAUAACUGAAUUAAUAUUAUUCGUGCAUAAAUGACCGUAUAACACAGAAUAUUGGUGCUUAAGGGUCAAAAUGUUAAAUCAGGUCAACGUAGAGGCGUUAUAUUCCGCCACUUAUGUUGAAAACUAUUUGGACUGUGUUGAAAACUUUCCAAAUGAAUUGCAGAGACUCAUUUCUCGGAUGCGAGAACUCGAUGUUUAUUAUUUAGCCCAUGUCAGAGAGAUUCAAAACCACCAAAAAAACCUGAAAGAAUGCACCAGCAACAAGCAAAAAGACAAUUUGUUCAAAAGGAUGCAGCAAGCUCUCAUUGCUGCUCAGGAACUUGGGGAUGAAAAGAUGAGUCUGCUUCAAAGCAUUCAUGACAAGAUUGAACUGAAAACCCGCGGAUUGGAUCAGGACUAUAAAAAUUUGGAUAUUAGUAAAGAAGAGCCUGCGCCACCAGAAUCCAAAGAGCCCCAAACACCUGUUGUGGCUCCAGUAACUAAUACUCCUGUAGCUGCCACCAACAGUGUUGAAAGACCAAUAAAAAGAGCCAGAAGAACUAGAAACGAGAAGGAAACAGUGGCGUACACUCCCAUGGAAACUAGUCACGCAGAAGUGGUGACUCCUGAGCAUUCUUUAAGAAGUCAAGCUCCGGCUGUCAGCACUAAUAAUACUACUUCCAGUGCCAAGAAAACAACUACAGGCAAGAAGAAAAAACGCAAAACACGACAAAUUCAAGCGCAGAAAGAAGAUUCUCCACCCCCAGAAGAGCAGGCGGUUGACCCAGACGAGCCGACUUAUUGUCUUUGUGACCAAAUUUCAUAUGGUGAAAUGAUCAUGUGCGACAACGAUUUAUGCCCUAUCGAAUGGUUCCAUUUCUCUUGUGUGACAUUGACCACUAAACCGAAGGGAAAAUGGUAUUGUCCCAAGUGUAGGGGUGACAGGCCGAAUGUUAUGAAGCCAAAGGCGCAAUUCUUAAAAGAACUUGAAAAAUAUAACAAGGAGAAAGAAGAGAAAACAUAAUAAAAAUUUUUGAUAAACUUCACGUCAUAGGAAAACGGCGUUUUCCUAACAAAACAUUUUACUUUCGCCCAUUUUGCAUUUUAACUGAUUUUAAUAGGUUUGAUAAAUUCAGACGUGGAUUUUAACAUAUUUUCGUCGAUAAUUUAUUAAACAAUAUUGUGAGCUUAUUUUUAGGUAUAAUUUAGCUUUAAAGACUCAUGUUUUUUUCAUGUAAAUGUCCAUAGAUCCUAAAAUUUGCAAUCCUGUUUCGGUGUAAAUAAAACUUGUUUUGCAAUA